UUACUGUAGAAAAAACAAUGACAUGUAUACUUGUAGCAUUUUUGGCAUGCUUGCCAGAUAGACUUGAAUGAGCUGGAUACACUAAAAUUAAUACACACCAAAGACACAAACUUUUGUGGUCCAAUAUGUCUUCUGUAUAAAGUCCUAACUUCAACCACCCUUAUCCUAUGUCUCUUUACUACCAUUUCCAGAAUUGCAAUGGAUAAAUCAAAUUCUGUUCCAUUUCUUUCUGUUUUUAUUAUACUUCUUCUUGUACAUGUUUCUAAUUCUCAUGCAGCCCCAUCAAGUGAGUCCAUUUAUGUCACUUUUCUUCAGUGUCUUAAAAACCAUACUACCCAACCAAAUCAAGUUUCCAACAUAGUCUAUUCCCAAACCAAUGCAUCAUACACCUCUAUUUUUCAAGCCUUUAUUAGAAAUGCUAGGUUCAACACCCCCUCCACCACAAAACCAUUACUUAUCAUCACCCCUUUGCAUGAAGACCAAGUACAAGCCACUGUUCUUUGCUCAAAAACCAUUGGUCUUCAUCUCAAAAUUAGAAGUGGAGGUCAUGAUUUUGAAGGUAUUUCGUAUAUCUCUGAUACUCCCUUUAUUAUCCUUGAUAUGUUCAAUUUUCAAAACAUCACCGUCGAUAUACAAAAUGAGAUUGCUAUCAUUCAAACCGGUGCAAGUCUCGGACAAGUAUAUUAUAGGAUAUGGGAGAAAAGUAAAGUUCAUGGCUUUCCUGCCGGCGUUUGUCCAACUGUUGGUGUUGGUGGCCAUUUGAGUGGAGGAGGGUAUGGUAACAUGAUGAGAAAAUUCGGGUUAUCUAUUGAUAAUAUUGUUGAUGCUAAAAUUAUUGAUGUCAAUGGUAGAAUUCUUGACAAGAAAACUAUGGGGGAAGAUCUUUUUUGGGCUAUUAGAGGAGGUGGAGGAGCAAGUUUUGGAGUUAUCUUAUCGUACACGGUUAAACUUGUUUCGGUACCAGAAAAGGUUACAGUUUUUCAAGUAGACAAGAGUUUGGAGCAGAAUGCUACCGACAUUGUUUUCCAGUGGCAACAAGUUGCGCCGCAUACAGACGAUAGGCUUUUCAUGAGACUAGUAUUGCAGCCUGUGAAUUCAAAGAUCGUAAAGGGUAAGAAAACUGUAAGUGCUUCAAUUCAAGCUAUGUUUCUUGGAGGUGCUGAUGAACUUGUAACAUUAUUCGGGAAAGAGUUUCCUUUGUUGGGACUAAAGAAGGAAAUAUGCAAGGAAAUGAGUUGGAUUGAGUCUGUAUUUUAUUGGGCUAAUUACAAUGAUGGAUCAUCCUUAAUUACACUUCUUGACAGAAGCCAUUACAAAGUGCAUUUCAGCAAAAGAAAAUCUGAUUAUGUAAAGUCACCAAUUCCUAAAGACGGAUUGAAAUGGAUUAUGAAUAAAUUGAUUGAACUUGGAAAAGUUGAGCUUGUUUUCAAUCCUUAUGGAGGAAAAAUGAGUGAGAUAUCCUCCGCAGCUACUGCAUUUGCUCACCGUGCAGGGAAUCUGUACAAAAUUCAAUAUACUGCGAGUUGGGAAAAUUCAGCAGCUGGUAUGGAAAAGAGUUUUAUAAGUCAGAUUAGAAUGAUGUAUAGUUACAUGACACCAUUUGUGUCCAAAAAUCCAAGGAGUGCUUAUUUGAACUAUAGGGACCUUGAUAUUGGUAUUAAUGGUCAUGAUAAGAAUGCAUACAAUGAUGGAGUGGUUUAUGGAAUGAAGUACUUUGGUGAAAAUUUUGAAAGGUUGGUGAAGGUUAAAACUGCAGUUGAUCCUGAAAACUUUUUCUGGAAUGAACAGAGUAUCCCAACACUUCCAAGCAAGGUAUAGGGAACCUAACUGACAGAAGAAGAAUUGAAUAGUUUAAUUUUAUUUUUAUCAUGAAUGAUAGGAGCCAAAGGCUCAUUGGAUAGUUGAUUUCAUAUUAAAUAUUGUGUUUGAAAUUUUUAAUUGUAUCAUACUAUUUGUUAUUGACAUA